ACAGUGCUCCCUCUCCUCGGGGAUCCUGAGAAGACGACAACGCCUGGAGAGGCCCCAUCUGAGCUGCUGGCCAGGAAGCCCCUGAGCGGCCCCCUCCCUGCCCGCCCCCCGCCGGAGCCAUGGCGGAGGGCCCUUCGCUCGCCCUGGCCGAGUGGCUCCGGACUCUCCGCCUGGACCAGUACAGCGAGGCCUUUGAGCAGAGCCAGCUGAGGUGCCUUCAGGACUGCCAGCCCCUGACCGACGAGAGCCUCCUCCGCCUCGGCGUCUUGCUGCCCGGCCAUCGCAAGCGCAUCCUCUCCGCGUUGGCGAAGGUCUUCGCCGAGUCGCCCGCCGGAGGUCCCCAGCUUCCCCCGAGGAGACCCAUCCCCAUGAAACGCCACAUCUUCCGGACUUGCACGAGCGCCACUGCCUCCCAGGCGGAGCAAGAGCCCAAGCCGGACUUGGCAGGACCAAGUAGCAAGGGGCUGCCCACAGGAUGGGGGUCCGAAGCCCCCGUUGGCCUCCCCCUUAUUCCUCCCCCUAUCCCUCCGAGGACCAGUUGCCACCCUCCCGUGAAGUUCUCCGCUUCCUUUCCGGACUUCCCUGCGGAUGUUGGCUUGGACUCAGGACUGGACCCUUCCCCGCAGCCAGCUGGCGAGAGGCUCAGCCCCCUUUUUCUGGAGGAAGGGGCCAAGCCCGCUCUGGCCCCUCUGCCGCCGCUGCCCGCCAAGCGCCACCAGCUGGAAAGCAAGCCGCCCGUCCCGCUGCGCCCACCCACGCUGCCCCCCAGGGUGGUGCCCCAGAAAGCCAAGCCAAG